CCGCGGGAUUCUACUUUCAUUUUCAUUUCAAAAGGGACAAGACUGUGUAUAAAACUAAGUUGUAAUAGUAAUGGAUGUUAACAUUGAUAGCAAGUGAUGAGACUAUUAUCAUGAUUAUAAUGUCAUCAGUAAAAGGAAAAAAAGAGCUCAAUAAAACAUAUCAUGUUGGUGCACAGCUGGGAAGUGGUGGUUUUGGAACAGUUUAUGGAGGCACAAGGAAAAGUGAUGGUCUACCUGUUGCAGUUAAAUUAAUCAACAAAAUUAAAGUGACUGAAUGGGGACUUCAUAAUGGACAUAAUAUACCAAUGGAAAUUAUUCUCUUGAAAAAAGUUUCUCAUGUUUCUGGAUGUAUUAAAAUGUUAGAUUGGUAUGAAGUGAAAAACAAUAGUGCUCACAGUUAUGUUAUAGUGAUGGAACGACCAGAGCAUGUUCAAGACUUAUUUGACUAUAUCACAGAAAAGGGCGCUGUAAAUGAAGAAACCAGCAAAGUGUUCUUUAGACAAAUUGUAGAAACUCUUUAUAGUGUUCAUAGAUCAGGUGUUGUACACCGAGACAUUAAAGAUGAAAAUAUUUUAGUGGAUUUGAAAACUGGUGAACUGAAAAUAAUUGACUUUGGAUCUGGUACAUUGCUCAAAGAUACAGUUUAUGUGACCUUUGAUGGUACAAGAGUGUACAGUCCUCCUGAAUGGAUAAAACACCAUCGGUACCAUGGUAAAUCAGCAACAGUGUGGUCACUGGGAAUUUUAUUAUUUGACUUAGUUUGUGGAGAUAUUCCAUUUGAACAAGAUGAACAAAUCAUGAAAGCAGAAGUAUCAUUUAGGGGAAGAUUAUCACAUGAUGUGAAAGACUUAAUAAAAAAGUGUUUAGCAAUUCGUCCAUCAGAUAGGCCAUCUUUUGAAGACAUUUUAAAUCAUUCAUGGUUAGCAACUCCACAGUUGCCAGUUGAGAAACUUAGUUUACAUGGAAAUAAUAACAAUAGUUCUUGCCAGCAUGGAAAUUCUGUAGACACUGUUUCAAUGAGUAGCCAAGAAAGUGUGUGACGAAACCUUAUAACAGAAUAGAUUUAGUCAAUAUUCUGUGCAACAGAAAAAUGCAAUAAACUAACUCAUGUAACUCAUUCCAAUGCUCAGGGAUUAAUCAACAUGAUCAAACAAUUUGCCAAAGUCAAUCUUUUACAAAAAUCUUCUCCUCUGAAACUACUGGGUCAAAUUAAACCGAACGUAGCCACAAUCAUUAUUAGGGUUUAUAGUUUAAAAAAUGUGUGUGGUGGCCCAGCCAACCAACCAAGAUGGCUGCCAUAGCUAAAAAUAGAACAUGGGGGUAAAAUGUAGAUUUUGGCUUAUAACUUUGAAACCAAAGCAUUCAAAGCAAAUCUUACAAGGGGACAACUUGUUUAUCAAGUAAAAAUCUAUAUGCCCUGAAAUUUUCAGAUGAAUUGGACAACUGGUUGUUAGGUUGCUGCCCCUGGAAAAUUUUGACAAAAUGAAUGCUUCCAAAAUAUUGUAUGCGAACUUGAACAUUUUUGUAAAUAACAGUGAAAUGAAAACUGAGACAUUUCUGGAUUAUCAAAGAACUUAAAUUAUUUUCACAGAAAUAAAGAAGUGUACAAUUAUUUAAUUCCCAAAGCCGUUGUAUUUAAUGAAUACAACAUUAUAGUAUAUUUACACUAUUUUAUGUAUGAUUUUGGUUAUACUGUUGAGUUACUUUAGUAUACAUUUCAAUGAAUACAAAUUUUGAUUAUUUAGAAGAAUGAAAUAAAGUGAACUUGGACUUGUGUAUGCAAAAAAAUGAAUGCUCUAAUUGAAAAAGAUAAUUAAGUUUGAAAUAGAAUUUAAAAAAUAUAACACUUAGAAAAAAUAAUGUGCAAAGCCCAUUAGGAAUGAUUAAUCAAACAAAACAGAAAUGUUAGAUGGUCUAUCUAAUGAAACAUGCUUGGUAUAAUUGGUUUUUAUGGUGUAGUAAGAUAGUACUAUGAUGUAAGAUGGUCUAUCUAUUGAGUGUAUAUGUUGUGUACAAGUUAUCAUUUUGUUUAAAUUAUAAUUUGUACAAAAUUUGACCAAAAUUCACUUAUAACUUGUACAUGUUGUACAACAGUUUUAAAUACGAAUUUUGGUGAAAAAUGCAAUGAUUCACACAAUAGAAUUGUAAUUAACUGACAACACACUAAACCUUAUUAACAUAAUGCACCGUUUAUACACAACACUUACUACAAAAGGCAGGUUGAUCUUUGAAAUUUUUGAGAGAAAAAAAAGUAAACAAAUAGGAUUUUUUUCAAAUUUUUAAUACAUAAACGUCUUUUUCUUAAAAAAAAAAUAUCAUUCAAUAGUACUGCUUGAUUAGUUCUUAUCGUUAUUUUGAGGUAUUUUUUUUUAUUUAGAAACUUUGCAAACGAUUACGGGGUAUAUUUGUAAAAUUUCAUAUUUCAUAUUGUUGAAAAAAACCAAUGAUCAAAAAAGGCAAAACAACAACUGACAUAUUCCUGACUUUAGCAUAGUCAUAUUCCUAACCAAACGGGGUGUUUAAUCUUCUGGGAUAUUUAUUUUGUCUAAAAGUCUGACUGAAGCAACUAAAUACACAUGUUUAUUCACAGCAACGGUUCCUGAGCUUCAACGCUCGCUAUAUGAAACAGUUAAAAUGCCUGUAAAACAGGUCGUUAUCGAUUUGAGAGUCAAAAGAUGGUUUGCAAUACCUGAUUCCAUAAA